AUGCUGGAGGAUGAGGAUGGGAUGAGCGAGAGGGGGCUCAGCAGCUCAAGGAGGAGAUACGACGAUGAGGAAGAUUACCACUCCAUCUACAUCGGGGUGCCGGUGCCCCGGGGCUACCGGAGGAAAAGGCGUCGGCGAAGAUCCGCUUCCAGCCGGGACAGGACGAGCGAGAGCGAGCGGCACUAUGAGCGCCAGGAUCGCUCCGACAGAUCACCUCAUCUCCAGCUGAUGGUAAACCUCUUUUUUUCCUGCCCCCCGGCAGUGUCACCAGCUGCCGAACGCCUCCGCUACAUCUUGGGGGAAGACGAUGAGCCUCCCAACCCCACGCUCUUCACGGAGAUGGACACGCUGCAGCACGACGGCGAGGAGAUGGAGUGGAAAGAGUCAGCCAGGUGGAUAAAGUUUGAAGAAAAGGUGGAGGAAGGCGGGGAGAGGUGGAGCAAGCCCCACGUGUCCACGUUGUCUUUGCACAGCCUGUUUGAGCUGCGGACGUGUCUACAGACGGGAACAGUGCUCCUGGACUUAGAUGGCUACUCUUUGCCCCAAAUUAUAGACGAUGUCGUCGAGAAGCAGAUCGAGGAGGGUCUGCUCAAGCCGGAGCUGCGGGAGAAGAUAAGCUAUGUGCUCCUCAGGAAGCACCGUCACCAAACCAAGAAGCCAAUCCACCGGUCCUUGGCCGACAUCGGCAAGUCCGUCUCCUCCAACACAAGUGAGUCCUCGGGUCCUCCCACCAUGUUUUCUCCUCGUCACGCGCAGAGUCGGAGCAUGAAUGACAUCUCAGACACACCGAGCACCGACCAGCUGAAGAACAAGUUCAUCAAGAAGAUCCCCAAGGAUGCAGAGGCCUCCAACGUGCUGGUGGGAGAAGUGGAGUUCCUGGAGAAGCCCUUUGUGGCUUUUGUGCGGCUCCUCCAGGCGACGAUGCUGGGAGGGGUGACGGAGGUGCCCGUCCCCACCAGGUUCCUCUUCAUUCUCCUUGGUCCUGCGGGAAAAGCCAAAUCCUACAACGAGAUCGGCAGAGCCAUCGCAACCCUCAUGGUGGAUGAUCUCUUCAGCGAUGUUGCCUACAAAGCCCGGGAUAGAGAAGACCUGAUCGCCGGCAUAGAUGAGUUUCUGGAUGAGGUCAUUGUCCUGCCGCCUGGCGAGUGGGACCCCAACAUUAGGAUUGAGCCGCCCAAAAAAGUGCCCUCGGCUGAGAAGAGGAAAUCGGUUUUCUCGCUGAAUGAAGUUGGGCAGAUGAACGGCACGGCCGGUGGGGCGGGAGGUGGAGGCGGCAGUGACGAUGGGGAGAUGCCCGAAGUUCACGAAAUCGGGGAAGAGCUUGCGUGGACCGGCAGGUUUUGUGGUGGCCUCUAUUUGGAUAUCAAGAGGAAGCUGCCCUGGUUCCCGAGCGACUUCUACGAAGGCUUUCAUAUCCAGUCCAUCUCUGCCAUCUUGUUCAUCUACCUGGGCUGCAUCACCAACGCCAUCACGUUUGGGGGCUUGCUUGGAGACGCUACGGACAACUACCAGGGCGUCAUGGAGAGCUUCCUCGGCACGGCGAUGGCAGGCUCCAUGUUUUGCCUCUUUGCCGGGCAGCCGCUCAUCAUCCUCAGCAGCACCGGCCCCAUCCUCAUCUUCGAGAAGCUGCUCUUCGAUUUCAGCAAAGGCAACGGCAUCGACUACAUGGAGUUUCGCCUCUGGAUCGGCUUGCACUCUGCCCUACAGUGCCUUAUCCUGGUGGCCACCGAUGCCAGCUUCAUUAUAAAGUACAUCACUCGCUUCACGGAGGAAGGCUUCUCCACCCUCAUCAGCUUCAUCUUCAUCUACGACGCCAUCAAGAAGAUGAUCGGAGCCUUUAAGUACUAUCCCAUCAAUUCGGACUUCAAGCCGGACUACGUCACCAUGUACAAGUGCGAGUGCAUUGCCCCCGACCCAGCCAACGCGACCUUGUUCGAUGCUUCAGCUCCAGUGGCACCGAACACCACUAACGUUUCUCUGUACAAUGCUAUUAACCUAACAGCUCUGGACUGGACUCAGCUGAGUAAGAAGGAAUGUCUCAAAUACGGCGGCAGCUUAGUGGGGAAAUCCUGUAAAUUUGUGCCUGACCUGGCCCUUAUGUCCUUCAUCCUCUUCUUCGGGACCUACUCCAUGACCUUGACCCUGAAAAAAUUCAAAUUCAGCCGCUAUUUCCCCACCAAGCUGCGUAAACUUAUUAGCGAUUUCUCUAUCUUUAUGUCCAUACUAAUGUUUGUGGGGCUGGAUGUGCUUUUCGGACUCAACACCCCAAAGCUCCAAGUGCCUACUGAUUUUAAG